UUGCCAUCAGUCUAGUGUCGGUGAGCUUUAGCCUGUUUGAGUAAAAAGACUCCGCGAGGCCAAUCACCUUGCGAUAAUCACCCCAUAGCCUCAAACCCAUCGGCCUGAUAGAUUUUGUGAGAUUAUGGGAUUAGGAAUAGUCGCCUAUCCCCCCUUUUGGGCAGUACCUUCAGAACAUGGGUGCAAUGGAAUGGAACUAUAGUGCAAAGUAGCGGCCCAGGGGACGAAAGUUAUAAACAGUCACCACGCUCCUCACAUUGGAUGACAUGGACAAUUGCAACUGAUAUUCUUGUGUCUUCCCGACAAUGAGCAAGAUUCACAUAACCGGCACGGCAACAACACCAUUUGACGUCCUCAUCAUUGGGUCAGGUAUCUCUGGUAUCAAUGCCGCAUAUCACUUACAAACCGAGUUCCCACACUGUCGUUUUGCUAUCCUAGAGGCUCGAGACAACAUUGGCGGUACCUGGGACCUCUUCCGGUAUCCUGGCAUUCGAUCUGACUCGGACCUCUAUACAUUCGGAUUCACCUGGCACAAAUGGAAUCGAUCAAAUCCUAUUGCCGAGGGUGGAGACAUUCUGGAGUAUCUCGACGACGCGGUAACCAGCCAUCGCCUCAAGGAUCGGAUUCUUUUCAACCACCGCGUUUUCUCCCUGGAAUGGUAUCAGAACUCGUGGGCUGUCAAGGUCCAAACUAAGGAUGAAAAUCUUCAGUUCAGUAGUCGCUUCCUCAUUUUCGCAACCGGCUAUUAUGACUACCAACAACCCCUUGCGACUGAGAUUCCCGGCCUCGAAAACUUCCAGGGGCAGGUCAUCCACCCGCAAUUCUGGCCAGGGAAGUUUGACUACACAGACAAGAAAAUCACAGUGAUCGGAAGCGGGGCUACAGCCAUAACUUUGGUCCCAAAGUUAGCUGAAAGAGCAGAAUCCGUGACAAUGCUCCAGCGCAGCCCGGCAUACAUUAUCGCUGCCUCUAAUCCUGUCCAGAACAAAUGGUGGACACGGCUCUUGCCCCAGUCAUGCGUCUAUUACCUUCGCCGAAUGUGGCGCCUUGUCUUUUCGCAGGUGCUGUUCAGAUUCUGUCGCACCUUUCCGCAGAUAGCAAGGUCUCUCCUCGAGAGAGGUAUGCUGAAACACCUUCCACUGGGUGUGCCAUUGGAUCCACACUUCAAACCCCGGUACAAUCCCUGGGAUCAACGAUUAUGUGUCUGUCCCGACGGCGACUUCUUCAAAGCCCUUGGGUCCAGAAAAGCCACCAUUGAGACCGGAACAAUCAAGACGGUCGACGAACGAGGAAUUCAAUUGACGUCCGGCCAACGACUAGAAGCUGACUCGAUCGUGACCGCCACUGGACUAAAAGUUCAAGUCUGUGGCGGCAUUCCUAUCUACAUCGACGGGAAAAUGUUAGAUCUAUCACAAAAAUAUGCAUGGAAUGGCCUGAUGAUGCAAGAUCUACCCAAUGCUGCGUUACUGCUUGGGUAUGUCAACGCUUCGUGGACGCUCGGUGCCGAUGCGGGUAUGUAUCUGACAUGUAGAGUGUUGAAAUAUUUGGAGCGCAAUGGUCAUAAGGCUGCUGUGCCCGUCUUGUCAGAGUCGGGUCAGAUGGUCAGCCGGCCAUUGCUAGAUCUCAACUCGACAUACUUGAUGCACGCUCAAGGGUCACUGCCCAAGGCGACUGAACAGAGACCGUGGAUAUCUCGCACGAACUAUUUCUCUGACAUGUAUUUCGCCCGAUAUGGUGACCUGUCGGCGGGACUGAGGUUUAUAUGAUACCGAUGCGCAUUUAUCAUAUGUAAUUAGACUCUGCAAACAUUAUACAGAGCAUCAGAGGCGUGAUUAGUCCCAGACAGUGUCCUGAUAAUUAUUACAAUUCUUCGGCCCUGUGAACUAGACUUUAUCACUUUGUUCAACUUCAUUCCGAACGAAGCAAUAUAUUUUUACUUAAUCAGCAAGC